AUGGCUAAUAGAAAUAAAGGUAAAGCCGCCGCCACCGACGGUGGUGGUGGAAGAGAAAGAGACCGAUCUGGUGAUGGAAGAAACACGUAUGUCUCUCGUGGAAAAGGAAAAGGCGUUGCCACCGCUCUAUCUGACGGCUAUGGUGGUUCACGGACCGUCAGUGGUCAUGGAGGAGGAACCGCCGUUACUCGUGAAAGAGGAGCCAUCAGUUCUUGUGGAAGAGGAGCCGUCGGUUCUGGUGGAAGAUCAACUGUCGCCGGUUCUCGUGGAAAAGAAACCGCCGGAGUUCCAAGCUCCACUGAUGCAGGCAGUGUUGGCUCCAAAAGCCGAGCCGCUUUACCCGUCGACAGUGGUGGUGGUCUAAACGCACCGCCAUCCUCUGUGAAGGCGGUGGUGGCACUGGAGCCGACUCCGAUGCUUCUACAUCCAACGGUGGUGUACAUGGUGGCACUGGUGUAUCUGUCAGCGUAG